AUGUUACCUCGUUCCCGCCAGCCUUUGCGCCAGCGCCAUCCCCCCAAAGACGAAAGCGACAGGCUCGUCAUUGCGAGCGAGCGUGUCUUGACCGGACAGAACUCUGAAUUUAGCAAGCUAGAUGAUGAGUACGAAGAGCUUCGUGCUCAGGCCGACAAUGUUGGCCAUGAGCAAGAGUACCUGGUAAAGGCCUAUCAUGGCGCCGACAGCAAAGCGACCAGACUAGAUGGUCAGAACAAGAGGCUGAGGGCGCAGCUCGAGCUUGGGGACGAGGAGAGAGACGACUUCGUCGAGCGACUUGCGGGGGCCCAGCGAGAAAUCGCUCGUCUCAAGUCUGCUAAGAAAGAGAAGAAGCGCAAGCGCGAGGACUUGCCGUCGUCGUUUGAGAAGGGUCCAGAUGUGGACAAGAGCGCAUCCAAGACAGAAGAGAAGCCUCGUGCUAAGGUCCACAGGGACUUGAUCCUUGGCAGGCCGAAGCCACAAGAGAUGACUGCUGCAGUAGGGGAGGAGGAGCGGAUUCAAAAGAGACCCAGGCGACGACGUUACCGCGAUGAGAUAAGCAGGUCUACUGUUCAGGCUACUGUCGAGGUGGAGGCGGUUGUGGAGGAGAAGAUGAAUGCGUAG